CUUCUGAGCAUGCGCAAUCGGUGUAAACAGGAAGAAGCUGCGAAAACAGGGAAAAUCUAGAAGACGAAUAUAUAUUCAACGGGGAAAAAAAUCAUAAUGUUCAUUGAUUACUCGUAAUUUUAUUAUUUUAGUGCACGAAUAUGUCAACGAAUAUUAUUCUGAAUUAAGUAUUUUAGCACAGCGGUACACGACGAUAGUCAGCAACGUUACAUUAGAUAGACCUUUUCUUUAUUUUUUUUACAGAUUGGCAACUAACUGAAGCUAGUAGCUUUCGUUUCGUUUUACUAGAAAAUAGUUUGCAAGAAUCUAAUUUGGACAGACAAGUCGAGCAAUAUUUUUUCACACCUGCGGCCUGUGAACAACGCCGGGGAUUGUCAGUAAACUAACGUUACACGGUUCAUUUCCCCUCUCCUUUCAAGUCGUCCGGAUGGCCUGCUAACCUAUUGUCGGAGUUUCGGGUCAGACUCCCCUCGUCCAAGCACGUUUUUUCCCCUAAACCCUGUCUGUUGCUAGCUACGAUAACAGACAGUCUAUAGAAAUGGUUCAGAAAGGUAAGGCGGUGGUGGGGACGUCUCAAGUGGAGGUUGAGGCGAGCCCAAGCUCGGGGCCGUCUGAGGCUGGUUCAGAUGCCCCUGGCUCAGUGGAAGAACCGAGAAGCAUCGGGGUGGAACUAUCGGUCCGCAGGAAAUUCAUCAGUGGAGUCGUGGAGGGCUUCUAUGGCCGGCCAUGGACAAUGGAACAAAGGAAAGAGCUGUUCAGGAGACAGCAGAAAUGGGGCUUGAACACAUACCUCUACGCGCCUAAAGAUGACUACAAACACAGGAUGUUCUGGAGAGAGAUGUACUCAGUAGAAGAAGCAGAACAACUGAUGACCCUGAUUAGUGCUGCAAAGGAGUAUGGGACCGAGUUCAUCUAUGCCAUCUCCCCAGGCCUAGACAUCACCUUCUCUAACCAGAAAGAAGUGUCCACACUCAAGAGAAAACUGGACCAGGUAACUCACUUUGGCUGCAAGUCAUUUGCCUUACUGUUUGACGACAUCGACCACAACAUGUGCCCCGCCGACAAGGAAGUGUUCAGCUCCUUCGCCCAUGCCCAGGUGUCCAUCACCAAUGAGAUCUUUCAGUACCUGGGAGAGCCUGAGACCUUCCUCUUCUGCCCCACAGAGUACUGUGGAACGUUCUGUUACCCCAAUGUGGCCCAAUCUCCCUACCUGCACACAGUGGGAGAGAAGCUGCUGCCUGGUAUUGAAGUGCUGUGGACAGGUCCUAAGGUGGUAUCCAAAGACAUUACAGUGGAGUCCAUAGAGGAGGUCUCUAAGAUCCUGAAGAGAGCUCCGGUAAUCUGGGACAAUAUCCAUGCCAACGACUACGACCAGAAGCGUCUGUUCCUGGGGCCGUACAAGGGGCGCUCCACAGAGCUCAUCCCCCGCCUCAAGGGGGUUCUCACCAACCCCAACUGUGAGUUUGAGUCCAACUUUGUGGCCAUCCACACCCUGGCCACCUGGUACAAGUCCAACAUGAACGGAGUGCGCAAGGAUGUUGCCAUGACGGAUGGAGAGGACAGUACCGUGUCUAUCCAGAUCAAGCUGGAGAAUGAGGGCAGUGAUGAGGAGUUAGAGACCGACAUGUUGUACAGCCCUCAGCUGGCCCUGAAACUGGCCCUCACAGAGUGGCUGGGGGAGUUUGUAGUGCCUCACCAGUACAACAGUCGCCAGGUACCCCACAGCGGAGCUAAGAGUUCAGCUAUUGACGUGUCAUCACUAGGUGCCUCCUCCCUCUGCUCUGCUACUACAGUCACUACAGUGUUCCAACAGCCCAUCAUGACCCCCACAGGCGCCCCUGACCCCAACAACCACCCCAUGGCCAAGAGACUGCAACAACAAGAGGUGGAGGAGGUGGAUGUUGAGAAGAAGGAGUCUGAUGAAGAGCCCAUGGAGAUGGUUGUGGAGAAACCAGAUGAAACUGACCCAGAGUCAGACCCUGUAGCGGAGGCUGCAAAUGAGACCAAGAGCAGCCUGGUCCUUAUAGACAAGAUGGCAGAGGAUCUGAAGCCCAUGGACACAGACAGGGAAGUCCUGGUUCCUGAGUCCAAGUCUCCAGAGGAGGACAUUGACAUGGCCCCCAUGCAGACAGACGAACAGAUCAAACAGGAUGUCUUUGUACCUGGUCCCAAUGAGAAGGCAUUGUACACGGCAGAGCCUCUCUCUCUGGAGGACCUGACCCUGCUAGCUGAGCUCUUCUACCUGCCCUAUGAAUACGGACCCAAAGCCCUGCACAUGCUCAAGGAGUUCAACUGGCUACGGGCCAAUAGCAGCACCGUCAGCGUCAACUGCGAGGGCAAGGAACCAGAGAAGGUUGCGGAGUGGAAGUGCCGGGCUGAGAAGUUUGAGGAGAUGUGCUGCUCGGUCAUCCAGAUGUUCACCAGGCUCUCUAAUUCAGCCAACCGCACCAUCCUCUACGACCUCUACCCCUACAUCUGGGACAUCAAGAGCAUCACCUCCAUGGUCAAGUCCUUUGUCCAGUGGCUAGGGUGCCGUAGUCAGGCCACUGCACAGUUCCUUAGUGGAGACCAAGAGCCUUGGGCCUUUAGGGGCGGUCUAGCAGGAGAGUUCCAGAGAUUGUUGCCAAUCGACGGGGCAAAUGAUCUUUUCUUCCAGCCUCCUCCCGCACUGCCAACAUCCAAAAUCUAUUCCAUCAGGCCCUACUAUGCUAAAGAUGAGCAUGCAGUUUAUAAGAUCUGCAGAGAGAUGUACUCUGAAGGUGUGGAGGAACUGCCCUUCUCUGGAGAGGAGCCAGACCUCAUAGGCGACAGGUUAGUAGGAGGGUUCCUGAACCUGAGUCCAGACUAUGGGUUUGUCUUGGAGGACGAGGAGGGGAUCUGUGGUUACGCUCUGGGCACUGUGGACGUCAAGCCCUUUGUCAAGAAGUGUAAAAUGAGCUGGAUCCCCUCCAUGCAGGAGAAAUACAACAAGCCCGACUGCCAGAAGGACCUCUCUGAGGCUGAGAAGAUGAUGUUGAGUUUCCAUGAGGAGGAGGAGGGCCUCCCAGAGUCAUUCCUCUCCAACUUCCCGUCCCUCAUCAAAGUGGACAUACAUGCCAAGGUCACCGACCCCAGCGUGGCCAAGAGCAUGAUGGGAUGCCUGCUCUCCUCCCUAAAGGCCAAUGGUUCCAUUGGUGCGUUCUGUGAGGUGCGUCAGGCAGACAAGAGGAUGAUGGACUUCUACAGUAAGCUUGGCUGCUUCGAGGUUGCCAAGAUGGAGGGCUUCCCCAAAGACAUAAUCAUCAUGGGCCGCAGCCUUUGAGAACAACUACGAGAUCAUCAACACGGGACGCAGCUUCUGAGACAGUUGACACCCUGGCUAACCAAGCAACCAUGGAGCUGUAUAGAAAGCUUAAGUCAGCCAGGCUAAGGAUCACUGUCUGUUACCUUUACAAAACAACCAAUACUUGAUGAUUUUAUACUUCAACCACCUGGACUAGAGGCAGCCUGUUUUUAGACCGUGUUCAGAAACAUCGCAUCUUGUACAGAUUCACUGUGCUGCCGCUAAAGGCCCAGAGCUCUGCCGGAUUGAAACAGAAUCCGAAACUGUUAAGAGCCACAGAGGUUAUCUGUAAAGCCCUGUGUGUGUUGAUUUGAGCCAAGAUGGCAGACGGUUUCCCUCUGUCUUUGGUCUCCAGAAUGGAGGUGAUGACUGUUCCCCAUGCGGCUGCAGGAAGUAGGAGCUGGUCAGGUGCCAUCCACUCCCAUUAGCCUUUCAGACCAUUCGACUUGACUGUCAGUAGCCCCGAGUGGGGGGUCUGUCUGUGUCUCACGCAGACACAGUCAGGGGGUGUAUUGAGAUAUUACUCCAUCUGAAAUUGCACCGUAUUCCCCGUAUUCCCCAUGUAACACAUUACUUUUGUCUGGUUAAAGGUAGUGCAGUGUAUAGAGAAUAUGGAGUUAUUUGAGACUUGGUAGUAUAUUCUGACACUACACCCUAGUAUAGGCCUAGCUGACGGGGUGCUGGUUGGGGAAAAGGGGCCUUUAAAGUAUAUUACAGUUUUCUCCUGCACCACCUCUUCACAGGUGGUCCUCCUAGCUAACAGAGUGGAAAGUGGUUUAUGAUUCCACCUAUACUGUUUUCUAGUGUGUCCAUUUCACUCUUGAGUUUGAACAAUUCUCUUUCUGGUGCGUUAGAUUCCUCAAUAGUUUACCUAACCAUGACAGACAUGCAGAUGAAAUCAUAUGUUUGAGUGUUGGAGGAAACUUCUGAAGAUUUAAGUAACGAGUUGUUUGCUUGAAACCCACCUGAGUAGAACCUUGAAGAAAGAGAAAGGAAUAUGUGGAAGUUGUCACUUAUGUUAUGGUUUGUCUAUUCCCUUAACCCUUUGCUUUUGGCCAUGCUUUUUUACUAGGGAUGAAACGAUUUACCCAAUACGCAUCGGUCCCCGAUUUGAAAUGUUUUAAGAUAUAAGUGCACCGGUCCAUGGACACCAAACCGAUCCAAAUGUAGCAUGCAUCGGUCAGAAAACGAUUUAAACGUUACAAAUUGCCAGUUCACCAAAAUGUUUUGCUCAUUACUUUCUCAAUACAUCUCAACUUUUGUGUCAAUGUCGAACUGCAUGUAACUGUUGACAGUCAUUGAUCUACAAGGCGUUUUUGCAUGUCGAACAACCCCAGGCAAUAUCAGUAGCCUAGUCAAACUGAUACCCUUUACAGACAGACUUCUUUUUUAAUAUUUUUUUUAACAGGCACUGUUUUUUAGGACCCAAUUCAUAGUCACAUUCUUGCCAGGAUAAGCCUUUGUUUGUUAUAUCUCCCGUGCACAUGCCGGCAAGUGUGGGAGUAGACGUGGGGCCAAUGUGGGUGGACAUCCUAUUUUAAUAAAUCCAUUAUUAAUUCAUUUUAGGCUGGACCUAAGAAACACAACUCAUUUUUCCCCCAAAAAAUAGAAUGCCAUGUAUUGAGUUUAAUUAUGUUACUGGUCUGUGUGACCUAUAUGGCUGCAGCAUGCACGUGAAAUCAAUAUUUAUUUUGUUAAUUAAACAGAAAAAACAUACUUGGGCUACAUUAUUGCAUGCUAAAUGUUUCUGAUCAGUGAUGGAUGAGCAAACCGAUCGAUGAGCUAUACCACCUCCACUUAUUUUCCCAGACAGAGAAUUAACAAAAUAUACAGACAAGAGAUUCAGUGAAACAAAAUCACAUUGAUUAAGACAAGUCAGAGGCUUUUGGUCGGGAGUAGGCCUAGGCUACUAAGUGACUGCCAGUGAAGAGCAAAAUAAUCCACUUGUUAAGCUACAUAACAUGCUGGCAAAAUGUUCUGAUCACUGCUAAUAAAUGUGCCAACCAGACAAGAUGAUCAUGAGCAGCACUCACCUCAACUUAGCUAACAUUACCACAGCCUAAUUGUAGUCUUACCAAUGUCCAAACAGAGGUUCGGUGAAAAGAAAAAUCUGACAUUGAUUUAUCAAGACCCCAUGCUUGUCUCAAAGCGGUGCUGAAAUAGUUGACCACACGCAGGAAGGCCACUGCGUCAAUCAAAUGUAUUAUAACAGUUGGAUGACUGGGAGUUUCAGUAAGCAACAAUUUGAUGCCUUCAAUUGGAUUGGCCUACUUUAUUCCAAUAUUUUUGUCAUUCGGUGAUGUCUAUUCCAACGAUAAUUCUUUAUGGAGCCAUCCAGUUAUAGUUAAGAAAAGUGUGUAUAUGGUGGGCUACGCGAAGAUGGGUGAAGUGACAUGUCUCGCCAAGUUUAGAACUGCCAGGAUGAUAGUAGUAACUGGUGGUGCCUAGCAACCAUCAAGACCUUAAGAGCGUGCCAAUGCCGCCUCAGCAUUACGGCUACAUUUCAUACUAAGCCGUAGGCAGAACUGUACCGCAACCAAGUCGCCAGCAAUACCUUUCAUAUAUAAAGAGAAGUCGGCAAAAGUUAUCGGGAUGCUAAAUCAAAAAAGAGGAUAAGAUCUUAGUUUGGAAGGUGUAUGAGAAGGGUGCAAUUGCUGCUUGCAAUUCGUGGUGUUCCUGUAUGUGGAUAUUCAUGCAUCUGCAUAUUCAGGAUAAGAAUGGCCACAUUCAGGAAUGCCCCAAAUUCAGGCUGCAUUCACACACUGUUGGUCAAACUGAGCACAGUGCCCAGUUUUGCACGCUGACCAACACAAGGUAGGCGACCUGUUCCUGCUCUUGCACAUCUGUGCGGCACCUUCAGCAUGCAAAUGCUAAAAUGGCUUGCAUGAUAUCAAGCUUUAUUAGUUGAGUGACAACCUAUGUAAUUUGCAAAGUUAUUGCUAUCUAUGUGAUGUUGAAAAUUGUGUUUUACCAGAAUAAAAGUAAGCUACCAGAGACAACUCAUCUGGCUAUACCUGCUGAACAGGGCUUACACUACAUUGUUUUGAUUAUUCAGGUUCACCAUCAGCAAUAGUUUUGAUAGUUUUGCUUUAAACAAUCCGUGUAGAUGGUCAUUUUUAGAUAUACAGGGUAAAUUUGAUAAUUUCAUGACAAGGAUACCAAUCACUUUUGCGAGGCGCACUGCAUGGUCCACACGAGGAUAUCACUCCAUAACUUCCAAACGGUCAAAACCAUUCAAUUUAGAAAAAAGAGUUGUGCUAUAUAUUCAUUGCCUAGGUCAUAACUAAUUUGUGAACAAUAAAUAUUGAUACUUUGCUAGCUCAAACACUUCAUCUGCACAAUUUCACAAUUUUGAUUUCAGAAUCAGUGGGGGGACAAAAAACUGAUAAUGGGGUGGUAGAUGCCGAGCCUCCCUUAUGGCUCAUCUCAGGUGCCUGCAUAGUACAUACACCGCAUAGAAAGAAAUAAUUUACACGAGCACACACAUACAGAGGCCCAGCUCAUUAGCUCCAUCAACAGCAGAUUUGAAUUUAGAAUGGAAAAUGAAUGUGUUUAUGCAACAAAUGUUAGUGCAUCGCCUCGACCGAAUCGCAUCGAUUCCUUUUCUAAUCAAACCUAAUGGCACAGAAAUGUUUCAAACUAAAACGUAUCGUUCCUGUAUCGUAUCUAUACGUAUAGAAUCGUCUUUAAAAGGAAAGAUGCGCAUCCCUAUUUUUUACAGUAUGUUUAUAUUGCUUUUGUAUUGCCUUUUGGCUCAUUGCCUUUCUAUAUGAUUUUUCUACCUGUGGAUAUCUCCAAGGGGCCUAUUGCCCUGUACUGUAGCUCACAGGUGAUUAUCAUGCACUCUUAUCUACUGUCAAUCCACCUGACAUAUACAUAAGGGGACUUGAAUGGGUGGGUUCAUUUUAGCUUACUUGGUGCCCAGGGUGGGCUGAGUUUUGACAUUUAAUUACCAUGGAAUAGUCUACCUUCCGGUACCCCAGGCAAGCUAAAAAUGAAUGCACCUUGCCUCAACGGUGGGCCAUCUGCUCUGAAAGGUCUCUAGAUUCAGUUACAAAUCCAGUGCUCUGGCUCUUAAGCCAAGAGAGAUGAGCCAAAUCUUAAUGUUAGAAAAUGUGAAAAUAGGACGGAACAGUUUGCAGAUGCUUUAGCGCUCCCACUAUAAUACAGCUGCUCUAUUUCCCAACUUCCUAUGAUGUGCUGAGGAAAGCUAACCACUAACCAGAAUCUUAUCCAGGACAGCAUGGUCAGUUAGAAAUAUACUGUGUAGAACAGACGCGAUUCAAUGCAAAGCAGAAUGAGGAACCAUGUCGGCUCUGUACGCCACAUUUCUAUCGGCAACGUCCUACAACAUUGCACCCACUUGAAUACCAUUGCUGCCCUUCUCCCAGUUAGGGUUGUUAAGCUAGAGUGACAUUGACUGACUACCUUCACUGGCCCUGGCUGUGUCAAGAGAAAUGGAGGGAGUGAUAUACUAUACCUAGGCCUUUUGUAUCUACGUAUGUGUUAAAUGUUUUAUACUCAGUGUUUCUCAUUUUGCUGUUUUUGUUCAUGUAAAGCACUUUGAUCCUAACAUGAAGCCUUCUUUUUGUAACAGGAGGAUCAGCCGUAGCUCAUGUUGUUGCUUUGUCCUAGCUGCCUGCCAAUGUGAUGUUUUGAUACUGCUACAUACAGUACAUCUGUGCUAUGCAUGAUGCUUAUUAGAUUUGUUUGGUUUAGCAAACAGAAAAAAAAUCACAUCCAUAUUACAGUCUAGUUCACCGGGGGGGGGGUUGAUAGCUUGAUGCCCUUCCUCAACCUAUGACGUCACCGCAGACAAGAUACAAGUCAAUUAAAAGGAAUAGUGGGAAAAGAUGACAAGUAUUUUUGUUAACAAAAAUGAGCUUUCUGAUUUGUCAUUUCUCAAUGAGCACAAGCCUGAAUCAGUUCAAACAUUUUAAACACUAGUUAGAUUGAAGCAUAUUAGUCUGCUCUAUUCAACACGUCACCCUCCGUACUAUAUUAUUCUGUGGUGGUCAAGUAAAUUUCCCAGAGAGAAUAGGAACAUGUAUCCUCCCAGUUCUCCACUGAUAUUGAAGGAUUCACUUUUCCAUAACGUCUGACAUUUUAUCAUUGCUUGUGCUAUUGUGACGACUGCUUUUUUUUCUGCCUCCUGAUUUUGAAAGUAUAGCUGCAGUUGGAAGGGAUUAUUGUAGGCCUGCAUUUGAUGAUACAUACAUAGGAACAUAGUUUUUUUUGAGGGGGAUGUUUACUGAAACUCAUUUCUGUAAAAUGUGUAUGUAAAAGAAAUGGUUUAUAAUAUUAAUAAACAAUUUAAAAAGUG